AUGGCAAGCAUAAAAAGCAGCAGUCACGAUGAGGCAAUAUUACGCGCCCGCUCGGUCUUCAUUACUGGAGCUGCAAGCGGUAUUGGUUUCGCAUUAGUGCAAGAGAUGCUAGUGAUGCCAAGUACGAUAGAACACAUCUUUGCAAGCUAUCGAUCUUUGGAUUCUGAAUCCGGCAAGCGCCUCUUAGACCUAUCCAAAACUCAUACACGAUUAACUUUAGUAGAAAUGGAUAUUACAUGCGAAAAUUCCAUAAAGAGAGCCUUCGAAACUGUUCAAGCAUGUCUUAGUAAUCUUGGAUUACAUUUACUCAUCAAUAAUGCUGGCAUUGGAGAUCAUGACACGUUUCUAACCGCAACAACUAAAUCCAUGGAACUAUUUUAUAAAACCAAUGCUAUCGGACCUAUGCUGGUUGCUCAGGAUAAUAACCUACUUUUCAUAUCUGCAGUACUUGCUGCAUGGAAUAGUUUGCCUAAGACAUUCUUGCCGCUAUUGAAAAUUGGAAAGGAAACUAACUAUACCAAGGGUAGAUCUUUCAAGGCAGCAGUAGUUAAUGUAUCUUCUCAAGUUGCAUCUUUAUCUUCACCUAGGACUAACUACUUUUCUUACGGUUGUAGCAAGGUAGCUUUAAAUAUGAUUACAAGAUGUAUGAGCCUAGAACUAAAACGGGAGGAAAUUGUGGUAAUUCCAAUACAUCCAGGUAGCGUCAAGACUAAAUCUAACGAAGGCGGUCGUAUGAAUCCUGGUGAUGCUUCCCUGCAAAUUCUGAAUGUAAUAUGUAACCUUCAAUUAAAUAAAACUGGAAAGUUCCUAAGUUAUAAUGGAUCCCAGCUGCCUUGGUAA